AUGUUUCAAAAAAAAGCUUCUUCAGUUUGUUUUUUUAAUAAGUAUCAUAACAAUAAAUAUGGAUAUCAUAUAUUUUGUUCAUCCAACUUUUCAAUUUAUAAAAAAGCAUUGAUACAAUAUUCCUCUAUAAAUAAUCAUACCAAUUAUAAUUAUUUUAAUAAUAAUAAUAAUAAUAAUACAAGGUAUAGAAAAAUCAUUGUUAUUCCUUUUAAUGAUGAGAAUAUCAAAUUAGAAUAUAAAAAAAUUCCAUUCGAUAAAAAUGAUUUAGACAAGAAAAGUAAAAAGGAGUUAUUAAAUAUUUAUAAACAUAUUAGAAAAAAAGAAGAAUUAAAUAAAUUACCACAAGAUUUUUUAGAUAAUUUAUUUGAAUGCACAAAAAAAUAUGUUGGUUGUCUUUUACCAUAUGAAUUUGUAAGGAUUUAUAAAACAUUAAAAAUUAUAAAAAAAAAUAAUAAAGAAUUAAAUUUAUUAUUACAUCAACAAAUGAAAAGAAUAUAUCAAAAUUUUGAUAUUACAAGUAUCAGUAAAUUAUUUCAAUUAUAUAAUUUUAGUAAAUCAAGACCAACUGUUCUAAUUAAAAAUUUAUCUCAAACAUUUUUAAAUAAUAUAAAUAAUGAAAAUGUAAAACCUUGGAAUAUUAGAGAAUUAAUAUCGAUAUUUUCUUAUCUUAAAAUAUAUGAUGAAAGGCUUAUUGAUGAAAUAUAUAAAAAAUGCAUUCCUAUUUUUUCCAAAUAUAUUUUGAAUUAUCAACCAAAAGAUGUUACCAUUAUCUUUUAUUGUUUAGUCAAAAUGAACAAACAUAAUACCACUCUAUCUAAUGUUGUAACAAAACAUGUGAUUUUGAAUAUUGAUUCUUAUGAAUUUCACCAGACAGCUAUUGUUUUAAAUACCUUUGUAAAACUAGGUCUUAAAAAUAAUAAGCUGUGUAAAGUUAUAUGUGAUAAAAUUAAAGUAAAAUUACAGCCGCAAAAAUUCACAAAUUUAGCAAAUGAUGUUAUCACAAGGGAACCUGGAAAUAAUACAUAUUUAUUCAGGAGUGAAAAAAAAAAAAAACUUAAUCUUUACAAUGUUGAAAAUGUGAAUGAGGCUACAAAGAAUCGCUCUUUACUUAAUGAAAAUAAUAAUAAUAAAGAAGAAGAAGAAGGAGUAAAUACGCUUGACGAACUAGGUAGAGACCAUAACAAAAUUGUUGAAAUUGCUCAUAUUGAUAAAAAGAACGCAAAAGAAAUUGUCAAGGUUGAAGAAACAAAUAUUGAAAAUAAGAAAGGUAUUAGAAAGAAUAAAUUAAUAAAAAAACAAAUAUUAGAACCAAAGGAUGUUUCUGUAAUAUUAAAUUCAUUAAUAAGAUUGGAAUAUUAUGAUAAUCAAUUAUUUCAUUGUUUAAGUCCAUAUAUAAUAAAUAAUGUAUCGAAAUUUUCUGCACAAUCAUUGAGCAAUAUUAUUCAUUCCUUUUCUCAAAUUCAAAUAAACAACGAAAUAUUAUUAGACAACAUUGUUAAGGAGUGUAUUAAAAAGAUACAUAAAUUUAAAAAUAUCGAAAUGAGUAAUUUGGCUAACUCCCUUGUACGUUUAAAUAGAAAAGAUAAAAUAUUAUUUACCUAUAUUAUUGACGAAUUUUUAUAUCGUGCAACAAUUGGUUCUAAAUUUUUAAAUUACCAAUUUGAUGUAUUAUCCCUACAACAAUUAGCUUAUUCAUUUAGUAAGGUAGGUUUGAAAGAUGACAAAAUAUAUACAGUACUUUAUAGGAUGUUAAUAAAAAAAAUAAAUGAAAGGAAUAAAAUAGUUAGAAGGAAUAAUAAAAUAAUGAACAACAACUUGAUAGAAAUGGAGAGUAACCAAAAUGGAGCUGCUAAUAAAAUUGGUAUAAAAAGAAAAAAAAAAAAUGAAAAAGAAGAAAAAAAAGAAGAAAAAAAAGAAGAUAAAAUAAAUGAAAAGGAUAUUAUUGAAAAAAAAGGCAUAUUAAUUUGUAAUAAAAAUGAAUUAUACAAACAUAAUAAUAAUAAAAAUAAUAAUAGUAAUGAUAAUUUUGAUUUUUUUUCCUUGUGUACAUUUAUUAAUUCGUAUGGAAAAGUCAAUAUCGGAAAUAAAAAUUUCCAUCAUUUUAUUAGUUAUAUUAUUAGAAAGAAAAAAAAAAACAACGAAGUCUUAACAAACGAAUCAUUAAGUUUUAUGAUAUAUGGUUUAUUAAAAUUAAAUUUAAAAGAUAAAAAAAUAUAUAAAAUAUUAUUAAAGGAUUGUAUAGAAAAAGUGGAUACAUUAAAACCAUUUCAAAUGGUACUCUUAUUAUAUUCCUUAAGUAAAUUAAAAAUAUAUUCCUAUUAUUUUGUUAAAAAAUGUUUAAAAAUGUUAAGUAUAAAUAUUAAUAAUUUGAAUUUAUCUGAUUUGUCAUUAGUAUGUUAUUCUUUAUCAAACUUUUUAUAUAGGGAUGUCAUAUUUUUAUAUAAAGUAAAUAAAAUAAUUCUUUUAAAUAAUUAUGAAUUCAAUCCAAAGAUUAUAUCUCAACUUUUUAAUUCUUAUACAAAAUUAUGUUAUUAUCACGAGCCUUUUUAUGAUUUUAUAUUUAAGAAAAUUAUAAUGUUUAUACAUCAAUUUGAUGAAAAGGAAUUAAGCAAUUUGGUUUUUUCCUUUAUGUAUUAUUUUCAUAUGAAAAAACUUCAUUACGACAAUAUCAAAAAUGAUGAUCAACACAACAAAAAUAAACAGCACGUUGGAUCUGUUCCAAUGGAUAGUGGGGAAAAUAAAAUUGGGAAGAAUAUGUGUAAUCGUAUGAAUGAUAGUGUUAGUAAGGAUAUAAAAUAUAUAAUAAUGAUGGAAAAUAAAAAUAAAAAGAAAGGAAAUGAUAAUAAAAUGGAUGAUAGUGAUAUUAAUGAUAAAUAUAAUACAUAUAAUAAUAAUAAUAAUAAUAAUAAUAAUAAUACAUUUAAUAAUAAUACAUUUAAUAAUAAUAAUACAUAUAAUUAUAAUAAUUAUAUUAAUGAACAUGUUCAUCAUCGUAUCGAUCAACCCCAUGACACAUUUAAAGACAUAGAACACAGUUUAAGAAACACACAAAAUAAUAAUCCCUAUAAUAAUUCAUCAUGUAGAAAUAAAAAUAAUAUUAGCCUAGGUAGAGAAGAAUUUUAUAAAAACGAAUUAAACAUAUUUUUUAAUUUAAUAUAUAUAUUAAAUGAAAAGUAUAGAACGAAGAUAUCACUAAUAAGCAUAUAUCAAUUACAAGUCGUAGAUUUAUAUUUAAGAUCUUUUUUUUUGAAUUAUUUUUAUUUUCCUGUUUAUUUAAAAACGUUUUUUUUCAAAUGUAGAAAUGUUAAGUUAAAUAUCGAAGAUUAUAUAAUUUUAUCCUCAAAAACACAUCGAAAUAUCUCUCGAUUUCUUAAUAUUGUCGGCAUAAGACAUAGAAGUGAAGUGUUGUUUGGUCCUUACCAAUUGGAUAUCGUAAUAGAUUUUAUAGAAAUGAAGAACGCAGAUAAUUAUUUAAAUAUUUUUAAACACGAAAACAAUAAUAAGGAUGAUCAAAGAAUAUGUGACAAUUUAUCUAAUAAUAAUUCUAAUGAUUGUAAUAUUAUUUAUAAAGCGAAAAGGUUAGAAAAAGAAAAAAUUAUAAACGAGCAAGAUAGAAAACAUAAAGUAAUUGAAACACUUUUAAAUAAAAAUAUUGUUAUAGAAGUUGAUGGUAUAUCUCAUUUUUAUAAAGAAAGUUUUAGUCGGACAAUUAAUUCUGUUAUUAAAGAUUAUAUUUUAAAAAAACUUGGUUGGAACAUUAUACAUAUACCUUACCAAGAAUGGAAUCAAUGUUUUACUUUUAAAAAAAAAGUAUUAUAUGUAAUUGAAGUUUUAAAAAAUAUUUUAGAAAUAAGUAAGCAGGAUAUAUCUGUACACGAUUUUAUACACAUAGUAAAUGCAAAUUAUAAUGAGAAAAAAAAAUAUUAUGAUACACCUUUAAUAUCAAACAUUUCUCAAAUGAAUGAUUCCCAUAAUAAUAAUAAUAAUAAUAUGCAUGUUACAGAAAAUAAAAUGGUAAUAUAUUCGAAAGAGGGAACUGAACAAAUAUCAAUUGAACGAACCUCAAAUAAUAGGAGGGACAAUUAUAAUAACGAUUUACCUAAAUUUUAUACUGUGAGUGAGGAGAAUAUUUUCCUGAAUCAAAUAAAAAAUAAGAACACACGUCAACAGAAUCUUAUGAAGAAAAUGAGAGAGGACUCAAAAUUAAAAUAUGAUUAUAACAUAUCCUGUAAGAAAGCAAAUGAAGGUAAAAAGAUGAAUCAUAUGUCCGAUGAUUUGAUGAGUGAUUAUGACAACCAGGAGGACUAUAUCGGUAAGUAA